AUGACGUCGUCACCGGCAGCCCUUCCAGACGCGGCGCACCCCGCAGAUAGCGACCAUCGUCGCUCGCUUUCUUCGGAUGCAGUCAAGAAGUUGGACGUGGAACAAACGACGCGGUCAUCUCGAAAUGGCGGCCAUAGACAAGAAGGGCAUCGGGAUGCCCCUGUGCCCCAAGAUGGCUUGAACGAGCAGUCCCCUCUGCUUUCUCCUAGCUCCUCGCACGGCGACGAUGACCCCCUCCAUCCCCAUGCCGCUCACAAUGAUAUGGAAGAGAGCCAAAAGUCCAAGAGUCUGUGGUACCUCAUCCUCUUGACCAUCGGCAUCGGCGGCUUGCAAAUUGCUUGGUCUGUCGAACUGUCCAAUGGCUCGCCCUACCUACUCUCGCUCGGUAUGAGCAAGUCGCUGGUCGCUUUGGUCUGGAUUGCCGGUCCUCUAUCCGGGACUCUUGUCCAGCCUUACGUUGGUAUGCUAAGCGACAGCUGUCGUAUCAGCUGGGGGAAGCGCAAGCCUUUCAUGAUUGCCGGCGCUGCCGCCACUAUUGCGUCUUUGCUGUUCCUUGCUUGGACCAAGGAGAUUGUUGGGGGGUUUCUGGGUCUCUUUGGUGCCCCGGCAGACUCGAACUUUGUCAAGGUGUCGAUAAUCGUCGUUGCUGUGCUCUUUGUCUAUAUUCUCGACUUUGCCAUCAAUACGGUGCAGGCUGCUAUUCGUGCCUUCAUCGUGGAUUGCGCGCCCACUCACCAGCAAGAGACGGCAAAUGCCAUGGCCAGUCGCUUUGUUGGCAUUGGUAACAUCGUCGGUUACCUUGCCGGCUAUACCAACCUGCCCGCCGUCAUGUGGUUCUUCGGUGACACUCAGUUCAAGGACCUUUGCGCGAUUGCCAGCAUCGCCUUAGCCCUCACUGUUGCCUUGUCAUGUCUUUUCAUUCGCGAGAGGGACCCACGACUCGAAGGCCCUCCGCCAAAGGAUAGACCUGGCGUCUUGGUUUUCUUCCGGAAGAUCUUCAAGUCAAUCAGGAGGCUCCCUCCUCAAACCAAGAAGGUCUGCCAGGUGCAAUUCUGUGCCUGGAUCGGCUUCUUCCCCAUGCUGUUCUACACCUCAGAGUACAUUGCCGAGAUCUACGUUGAUCCCUUCCUCGAGAAGAACCCGCAUAUGACGCCUGAAGAACUCGACAAACUGUACGAGGAUGCAACUCGUCAAGGCACUUUUGCCUUGCUUAUCUUUGCCAUCGUGGGCCUGGCCACCAACGUCUUCCUCCCCUUCUUCAUCGCCCCGUCAAUCGAGACCCGGGUUGAGACAGCCGGCGACGAUGCAAACUCACUGAAAGACUACGACGGCGCAAAGAAGACCUGGCUCGACUACCUGGUCAUUCCCGGCUUCACUCUCCGGCGUGCUUGGAUGCUUGCUCAGAUCCUCUUCACCAUCUGCAUGUUGUGCACUCUCCUCGUGCGUAGCAUCACCGCCGGAACCAUCCUCAUUGGUCUGGUCGGUAUCACCUGGGCCCUGACGCUUUGGGCACCAUGGGCUAUCAUCGGCGCCGAGAUCUCCCGCCGUGAUGAGAUCAGGCGUGCCCAGUACGCCCAGCGCCAGCGAGCGAGUAACCGUGGCGUGACUUCUCUCGACGGGUACUCCUCUGACGAGCACCAGACCCCGCGGCAGUUCGGGAAUAAGAAGGAUGAGGAACAAGACCAGGCUGGAGUCAUCUUGGGAAUACACAACAUGGCUAUUGCCGCGCCUCAAAUCAUUGCCACUAUUCUCAGCUCCAUCAUCUUCCGCAUCUUCCAGAAGCCGCGUGGCGUGCCUGGUGAUCACUCUAUCGCCAUCGUCCUGGCCCUGGGCGGCUUGACGGUGUUUGUUUCGGCCUUCCUGAUCCACACUAUUCGUGACGACCCGGGCAUGCCUGUGGAUGCGUUCUGUGCGAUUGAGGAUGGCGAAGUAGAGGACGAGGAUAUUAGUCGAGAUGAGCGAGGUGAAACGAGCGGUCGGGUGUCGUCACGCCGGCCGAGUACGAUUCGCAGCAGACGGUCGGUUGAGGUCCUUCCUAGGCAGAGCUUGGAGAGGGCCGCGCUGGUGAGGAAUCAAAGCUUUGGUGGUAUGGAGUAUGAUUAA